AGGAUGAAUUGGUCCUGGCUCCAGGAGCUUCUGAGCGGGGUGAACAAGUACUCCACGGCCUUCGGGCGCAUCUGGCUCUCCGUGGUCUUUGUCUUCCGCUUCCUGGUCUACAUGGUGGCGGCUGACCAGGUGUGGAGCGACGACCAGAGGGAUUUUUAGUGUAACGCUCAGCCCAGCUGCUCCAACGUCUGUUAUGACCACUUCUUCCCUGUCUCCCACAUCCGCCUCUGGGCCCUGCAGCUCAUCCUGGUCACCUGCCCCACCCUGCUGGUGGUCAUGCAUGUGGCCUACCGGGAGGCCAAGCAGAGGAAGAGCCAGGAGGCGGAGGGAAAGAACUGCCGCCGGCUCUACCCUGACCUCGGCAAGAAGCGGGGAGGGCUGUGGUGGACCUACCUGCUCAGCCUUGUCUUCAAAGUUGCUGUGGACAUGACUUUCCUCUGCAUCUUCCACCGGCUCUACGCCAAUUUCAACCUGCCCUGCGUGGUGCGGUGCCCUGAGGCCCCCUGCCCCAACACAGUCGACUGCUUCAUCGCUAGGCCCACCGAGAAGAAACUCUUCACCUACUUCAUGGUGGCCACUGCCAUCCUGUGCAUCCUUCUCGGUCUCUGCGAGAUGACCUACCUGGUCGCCAAGCAGUGCUGGGAACUCGCCACCUGGCGCCAGGGUAGGGAGCUGCUGAGCAAGCCCACAGGUUGCCAUCACUGUGCACAGCCGAAGAACCAGAGUCUUAGUACAUCAUCCUCAGGGCAGGCUCCAUUCAGGUCCCUCUCUUUAUAUAGCGGAGAGGCUGCUGCUAGUGAAGGGAAAAGAGGCUCCUACCUCAUCUCCGUGCAUUCACUAUCUCUUGCACAGACUCCAGCUGCCAGUGCAAACUUCUCACCAGCUUCAUUCCCUGUAGAGUGA